AUGGCCUGCCUGCACGAGACCCGCACCCCCUCCCCCUCUCUGGCGCUGCCCUCGGACGGGACCCCCGAGCAGGACCUGACCCCCACCCAGUGCGUCCUCAGGGACCUCCUGCCCCCCGCCGCCCCCCCGGCCCCCCCCGAGCCUUGGCCCCGACGGGGAACCCCCCGGCACCCUGACCUAGGGGCUGAGGGUCCCUUGGGUGCUGAGGGGGCUCAGUUGAGGUGCCAAGCUGGGGGAGGGGGCUUCCUGGAGGGGCUUUUUGGGUGCCUUCGACCCGUCUGGACCAUGAUCGGCAAAGCCUACGGGGCGGAGCACAAACACCCCCAGGAGGACCCCUGGGAGGUUCCGUUCGAGGAGAUCCUGGACCUGCAGUGGGUGGGCAGUGGGGCCCAGGGCGCCGUCUUCCUGGGGCGCUUCCACGGGGAGGAGGUGGCGGUGAAGAAGGUGAGGGACCUAAAGGAGACGGACAUCAAACACCUGAGGAAGCUGAAGCACCCAAACAUCAUCACCUUCAAGGGGGUGUGCACCCAGGCACCCUGUUACUGCAUCAUCAUGGAGUUCUGCGCCCAGGGCCAGCUCUACGAGGUGCUGCGGGCGGGCCGCAAGGUCACUCCGUCCCUCCUGGUGGAUUGGUCCAUGGGCAUCGCUGGGGGCAUGAACUACCUGCACCUCCACAAGAUCAUCCACAGGGACCUCAAAUCCCCCAACAUGCUCAUCACCUAUGAUGACGUGGUGAAGAUCUCGGACUUUGGGACCUCCAAGGAGCUCAUUGACAAAAGCACCAAAAUGUCCUUUGCUGGCACCGUGGCCUGGAUGGCUCCUGAGGUCAUCCGCAACGAACCCGUCUCCGAGAAGGUUGACAUCUGGUCCUUCGGGGUGGUGCUGUGGGAGCUGCUGACAGGGGAGAUCCCCUACAAGGACGUGGACUCCUCUGCCAUCAUCUGGGGGGUGGGCAGCAACAGCCUCCACCUCCCCGUCCCCUCCGGCUGCCCCGAUGGCUUCAAGGUGCUGCUGAGACAGUGCUGGAACAGCCGUCCCCGGAACCGCCCGUCCUUCCGCCAGAUCCUGCUGCACCUCGACAUCGCCUCCGCCGACGUCCUCUCCACCCCCCAGGAGACAUACUUCAAAUCCCAGGCGGAGUGGCGCGAGGAGGUGAAGCUGCACUUUGAGAAGAUCAAAUCGGAGGGGACGUGUCUGCACCGUCUGGAGGAGGAGCUGAUCAACAGGAGGAGGGAGGAGCUGAGGCACGCGCUGGACAUCCGGGAGCACUACGAGCGGAAGUUGGAAAGGGCCAACAACCUCUACAUGGAGCUGAGCGCCCUCAUGCUGCAGCUGGAGCUGAAGGAGAAGGAACUGCUCAGGCGGGAGCAGGCUCUGGAGAAACGCUACCCUGGGCUCUUCAAACCCCGGGCACCACGGGGGCUCCUCCAUGGCAACGCUGUCGAGACCCUCAUCAAGAAACGCAACGUCCCCCAAAAACUGUCACCCCACGGCAAGAGACCUGACAUCCUGAAGCCCGAGGUGCUGCUGCCCAAGCUGGACGUGGCCAUGGCCCAGGUGGCCCUCCCGGGGUGUCCCAAGGGUCCCCCCCCCUCCCCCGGCCGCAGCCGUCGGGCCAAAGGGCGACACCGAAAAUCUGGACCCCGGGGUGGGGGGGGCAGCAGCUGCGGGGACCCCGGUCCCGAGCUCGGUACCCCCCGGGGGUUACCCGGACCCCCCCACCCAACCCCCACCGGACCCGAUCUUUUGGGGGGCACCUUAGAAGUUGGUGCUGGUGCUGCCCCCCCCCCAGAACCCCUCCCUGGUGAUGUGGAGCUGGGGGGGGCUACGGGCAGCCAAGGGGGUACCCCCACCCCUGACCCCCCCGCUGCUGGGGAACCCGAGAGGGAGAUUGGGACCCCCCGGGGGGGUAAAGGGGGGGCCGGGCAGCACCUCACCCCUGCAGCACUGCUGUACCGGGCAGCUGUCACCCGUGGGCAGAAGCGGGGGGUGUCCUCGGAGGAGGAGGAGGGGGAGGUGGACAGCGAGGUGGAGCUGCCCCUGCGGCAGAGGUGGCCCCCCGGGAUGAGCAAGCGGCAGUCGCUCUCCACCUUCAGCUCGGAGAAUUUUUCAGACGGGGAGGGGGAAGGGGAGGAGGGGCACACGAGUGAACCCUCCCACAGUGCCACCCCCGACGUGGGCAGCACCAACACGGACGAGAGACCCGACGACCGCUCCGAGGAUCUCCUGUCCCAGGGCUCCGAGAUCCCCCUGGACGCCCCCCACCCCCUCGAAGGGCCCGAACGGCGCCCCGAGGGGGGCAGCCCAAAGGUCUCGGAGGACUCAGACUGUGACAGUGCUGAGCUGGAUCACUCAGGCAGUGGCGAGGGCCCCCCCCGGCCCCCUGCCCCCCCCGGGCUGUGA